ACUGUCACGUUCGCAGUUUAUUUAACAGAUAUUAUUAUAGUAUAAUUUUCCGUAAUUUUAAAAUCGACAUAUAUUUUUAUCAAAAAUACAGUGAAGAAUAAAAAUUUUAAGUUCAAGGAAUAAAUCCGUUGGACUCUGUACCAUAAAGCCUAGUUGAGCGAACAGAGCGAAUUUACCAUACGAAUGAUACGGAUCUCGUUGAGCUUUCCCCUUCCAGCAGCAGCUCUAGCUAAUGGAAUGCCGCAGAACCAGAUUACGGCAACUACAGAAUCACCUGAAUCACUCCCGUUUCUCCAAUUUACUAACGGAGGAAUCCGGGUGAACUUUGGAGGCUAUCAUGCUCAAGCUGGACUCGGCGGGGUUCUCGGAGAAGGGACAGGGGGUGGACUUCACGCGAGCGCGGGAACUCCGUGGGGUGCGUUCGCGGGUGCGGGAUUAGGUGGCCAAUUAGGCAGAGAAAAUCUCGGCGGCGGUUUGUACGCUCGUGCUGGACUCGGUCGUGGAAGACCGGAAGCUGCGGCCGGUCUCGGUGGAAGAUUGGAUGGACGAUCGUUGAACCCGAUCUCCGGUGGUCUUUACGCAGGCGCGACACCGGGUGGUCCAGGAGUCGGUGUGCAACUUGGCGGAGGAAUCGACGGAGCUGCAGCCGGUAGCACGGUCGACGAAGCUAAGGCGGGUGCAUCCGGUGCGGGAGAGGCUAAUGCAACAGCGGAUGCAGCUACAAGCGUAACGAAGCCGAGCAAAGGCCACACGAACAUACAGAUCAUACGUUCGAGAGCUCAGAAGGAGAGAGACGAACAGAAAGAGAAGGUGGUGGCGCUUGCAGCUGCCGCGUUGCCAACUAACGUGUCUGCAGAUGGAAAGGUCGAGUCGCCAAACAAAGAGAUACGUGCAGUCAAAGUCGUUGCUGUGCAACCUCCUGCAGCGGAAGUUGGUGUAGUCGGAUCGAUUAGUCUGUUUGGAGCGGCGCCAGUCGUGAAAUCCGUCGAAAAAGACAUUGUGGUCUCUGCACCUGUUGCACCUGUACAAGACACAAUUAAGACGGUUACAACAGGAGACGUGAGCCCAACCGUAGUUGUUUCAAAGCCUGUAUAUCCGCGCUGGCAUUUCAGAAAGAGGUUCUGGACCGUUCCUAGGAAAGUAGUCUACGUCGCUCCACCGGCGACAGCUGAUUCUCAAGGCUCACCUUCGGAUAUGGUCGGUGAACUCUUCGCCAAUUCGGUGGGAGAUAGUGGCGGUACAGUUGCUGUGAGCAAAGUUUAUAGCGGAUCCUUAUUCGAUGACAUCUUCAACAUUCCAAUUUCUACGCUGUCCGCUGUGAAUCAAUUACUGAGAAACAACGUCGGCUGAGAUUUCGCAUUCUUAUAUAAGUUUAUAUUUGAAAAUAGUCGUGCAAUAUAUGAAAUUCACGAGCGAGGAUCGUGAGCCACGUUUUUUUCGCAAGGUCCUCCGAAUAUAUUUAGCGUUCUCGUAUAUUCAGCCACUUUCGUGUUUAUUCCAGCCUAUUUACGAAUGACAGGCACAUACGUGAUAUCCAUCCUGCGAUUUCCUGCACGUGAUCAGAUUGUAAUUCCGUCUAGUAAUUUAACAUACGAUAGUAUUUCUUUGUUUCAAGCUGCGAGUCAUUUUAAUAAGACACAUUAAUAAAUUUUUAUACGAGAAAAGGAAUUUGCCUGACACGAAUUAUUUAUGUUCUCCUGAAUUUAAUUUUAUCAUUUUACGACUUAUAUUACUCAUGCGUAUAUAUGAUAUGUGUAAACAUCGUACGAUACAAAAUUCAAGGAUAUUUCAUCAAGAAUGAAUAUUUACUUUGCUUCUUA